AUGACAGGCCACGGAUCAGCUUCGUACAACCCGAAGCAUUUCAACGUCACUUUCCCUAGGGAAUAUAUUGCCCAUGUGGAAACGAACCGGGCGGAUAAGCUCAAUGCCUACUUCGAGGAUAUGUGGAUUGAGCUCCGCCAGGUUUUCGAUCAGCUUUCCGUCGACCCCAACGUCCGUGCCGUCGUCUUCUCCGGUGCCGGGCCACGCGCUUUCAGCGCCGGUCUGGACGUCAAAGCGGCAGCAAAGGGCGUGCUUGGCGGCAAGGGCGAAGCUGAGAUCCCAGAUCCGGGAAGAGCCGCUGCUCAGCUGCGCCGACAUGUUGCCGGCUUCCAGGACUGCAUUACGGCGGUCGAAAAGUGCGAGAAGCCGGUGAUCUGCGUGAUGCACGGCAUCAACUACGGCCUCGCCAUCGAUAUCUCGAGCACAGCGGACGUGAGAAUCUGCUCAAGGGACUCGCAGUUCUGUGUCAAGGAGGUGGAUAUCGGUAUCGCCGCCGACAUUGGAACUCUUACCCGGCUCCCCAAGGUCGUGGGCCACUUCGGCUGGGUGAAAGAGGUAUGCUUGACGGCGAGGGUUUUCGGUGCAGAAGAGGCGAUGAGAGUGGGGUUUGUAAAUUCGGUGUAUGAAAGCAAAGAUGACUCGGUGAAAGCUGCCAUUGAACUCGGAGAGUUGAUGGCGAGUAAGAGCCCUAUCGCAGUACAGGGGACGAAGGAGUUAUUGAACUGGUCGAGAGAUCAUAACAUCCAAGAUGGCCUUCGAUAUACCGGCGUCUGGAAUAGUGCCGCGCUCCAAUCUGCCGAUGUGCCCACCGCGCUCUUAUCUGGCUUGCAGAAGCGCAAGCCAACUUUUGAGAAACUUUGAUAAAAAAGAAUACUUUACUGAGUUUUUGCAUGUUUGAAAUGAAAAUUGGUUAACUACUCCUGGAGUGACUGAUAUCAUUUUGUCUGUGACCGUCCGCACAAUAAACAAGCAUGAUGUACACACGUACAUACAUACUCCAUACAUAUAAUAGAAUAUAACUCGCUGAUAACCU